AUGAACGACGGAACCUGCCAACUUUGCCAGUUUCCUCCCACUUGCCUGCGCGCGAAGUUUUCCCUACAGACUCCCCAGAUACAAAAGCAGCCCCUCCCUACUCGUCGUUACGGCGCCCCUCUUGAAGACAUCCCUCACGAAGACAAGAUGGCACCGAAAAUGGACGCGAAGGAAUGGGUUCGAUUCAAGUGUCAACACUGCGUGUUGACGUUCAAGAGCGAAGAGGAAAGGGAUGAUCAUGAAAAGUCGCACACUCAGCCAAAGAGGUUCCCCUGUCCAUACGAAGCAUGCUCCAGCCGAUUCAACACAAGCUCUGAAUUGAGUAGGCACCUCGCGCUUCACCAACCAGAACAAAAGCAUUUCAAGUGCCCUGUGUGUAAAAAGGGCUACGAGAGGAAGCAUAAGCUAGGGGAGCAUGUCAGGGCGAGGUACGCCGUCGAUGUUCCGCUCGAUCUGAGCGUGGAUGAGCUUGUGGAGCUCGUGAAGGAUGUGACAUGGCGGUUUGGUUGCCCCAGUUGCGAUCGUCGCUUCGCGACCAAGGAAGGCCUCGAGAAGCACUUUUCAAAGAUGCAUGACAAUGACUACACCACUGGUACAACACAGACUGGAAGACAGAGGUCUCGGGGCGUCCACGGUAACAUCAUUUGCACGAUAUGCCAAGGAAAGUUCUUGAAGGUCGAGUAUUUGCGCACGCACUUGAUCAACGUGCACCACCGCAAGUACGAAGAGGCGAAUGCUCUAGCCUCUAACAGUGGUGCAGCGGCAGCAGGAAAACAACCAACGCUGGAAAAGACCCAAUGCCCUCAAUGUGGCAGAGUCUUUGCCAACCAGGGAUAUCUGAAGAACCACCUCAGAUCCUACCACAACAAGAGUAUGGAGGAGGCAUUUGGCAUUGUCGAGAGCCAGGCUCUCUUACCCACCGAUCAACCAGACCAGGCUCCCUCACCCACCAAGCAGCCAGACCAGGCUCCCUCACCUACCAAUCUACCAGACCAGGAGGCCUUUACGAGAGAUGAAGAGACAGGCCUCUACUCCACCAUGGCAGCGAGAGAGGAGAGUGUUCAGCCUCCACAGGCCACGUCCAAGAGCUCAUCCAGCCGGCAGUCGUCAACAUCUUCAACGACAGAGAAGUGUGGAAGAUGCAUCCAGAUGGGUACGCCGUGUUUGCGUUUCACGAACGAGGCUCCUUGUAUGGAGUGUACAAAUGCCAGAGUUCGAUGCGUGCCAAAGAAGCAUGAGGUGAGACUGGAGGCAUUCUUCAGUCAUAUAUGCGAAAACCCACCGGCACUACAUGUCCGGGGUAGUGUUGAUACCGAACUUGAGGUGUUCAAGAGGGGUCCAGGCGUUAUCAUCAAUGAUCAAGAUGGCUGGGACUCUCUGACGAAGACCACGAAGGAGAAGAUCACUCAGAAGUCGAAUGAAAUUGAUUCAUGGGUUGAACAGUCAAGAUUUUCAACCGGUAACCCCUUCCUGGAAGUCGGAGACGACAUUAGAAAAAUAACAUAUGUAGGUAGCUGA